GCCACAGUGUAGGCAUCCAUUUGUCGGAGCUUUGACAAUUCCUAGGAUUGAUUUCGAGUGCCGGUGAAAACAAUGCGAGUUUAUUUUGUGCAGUGCACGCGAUAUAUAAAGUUGCUGGAAUGUCAAACAAAGUCGGUUACCAGCCAGUCUGGACGGAGGAUGAGGAGGCGGCUUUGAACUCGGUGGUGGUGACCGAGGGACUCCAAGUGCCAAGGCCACGGACGACCAUGCCACAAAUCUCGGUGGACAGCGUCCAAGGGCGGAUGGACCGACGACAACAACGCCUCAACACAGAACUCCUGGACGCCUCCAUCAAAGGCCUCCUCCCCGCUGUCAAAAGGGCUUUAGACGAGGGCGCGAAUGUGAACACGGUCUGCCGCGACUCGGGUGUCUCCGCGAGCCACAUCGCCGCCCACUUGGGACACACGGCCAUUCUGCAGCAUUUGCUGUCCGCCGGGGCCAAACCCAAGAGCGAUUUCAAAGGUCGACACCCCAUUCACCUGGCAGCCUGGCGCGGGCACUUGAGCGUCCUCGAAAUCCUCGUCAAAGGUGACGUUGACGUCAAAGUAGAACCACCGAAAUGCGAAGAUCUUCAAGCCACGUCAUUGGAUUCCUGGGACCAUAAUCAUUGUUCAAUCAAUCAGACGAUGUCAGCGAUGCAGCUGGGCGCGACGGCGCUUCACGUGGCGUCGCAGCGGGCCAAGUGCUACUGCGUCAAGUUCCUCUUCAAAGCGGGGGCGAGCACGACGGCCCGGGACGCCAGGGACCUGACCCCGAUGGACGUCGUCGGGGAGCUCUCGGGCCCCGAGGAACGGGAGUACUGCUCCCGCGACCAGUGGGCACGGGUCCCCCUCGGCGACGACUCCGACGACGACGCCGCCCCCAGACUCCUCCGCUCCACUCACCACUUCGUCCAGUCCAGAGGCAUUCCAAGUGACGACGAAGCGGCCAGAUCGUAUUUAAGUGACUCGAGGUCCCGGCGCGGCUCGCACAUCGACCUGGAAGAUCCACCGGAGGAAACGAACGACAUGAUGCGAAACAUUAUCAACAUGUUCAUCAUGAGCGGGGCCCAGCUCGACGGCGAGACCAACGAGGAACUCGAGACGUUCCUCAAGAGUAAGAAAAUGACGCCGCUCCACACAGCAGUGCUCAAAGGCAACCUUUCAGUGGUGAGAAUCUUACUAGAGAACGAUUUCGAUGCGACGAUAUUGAAUGAGGAUGGCCUAGCUCCGAUUCAUCUGGCCGUUCAAGAGGGAAGUUUGGAGGUCCUGAAAAUCCUGCUGAGUGGCGAGGGACGACGACAAAGGUUAAUAAAUUUGAAAAACGCCAAAGGGCUGACCCCUCUUCACAUGGCGGUGCUCCAAGAAUGGGCCAGCGGCGUGAGUCUCCUCCUCGAGGCGGGGGCGGACCUGGUUGUCACGACUUCGCACGACGCUAACACUGUGCUCCAUCUAGCGGCCCAAAAGGGAAACGCAAAGCUCAUCAACGAGCUCCUCACCGUCGUAGAGGCGAAAGCGAUCAUUGACGCCAAAAACAAGACCCACCACACAGCCCUAAUGAUUUCGGUGAUCAGUGGAGACACGGAUUCUGUGGAGGCUCUUCUCAACCAUAACGCUGAUACUCUUGUCACUCUUCCAAGUAACGUCACGGUUCUUCAUCUGGCAACACAACAAGGAUCAAGUGCCGUUCUCGAAUUCCUUUUAUCACAAGAUGAACACAAGUCCAAAAGCCUUGUCAAUACAAGAGAAACUAUAACAGGGACGACUCCACUACACGCCGCGGCUUUGCGAGGCUACACGGAUUGCGUCAGAUGUCUGCUGCAACACGAGGCGGACGUCUACGCAAAGGCCAGUGACGUGCCUUACUUCGGCGGGACUGCGCUGCACUUGGCGUCGCGCAAAGGUCACGCCAGCGUCGUCAAAGCCCUCGUCGAGCACGACAAGAACCUUGUCGGUUGUUACAACACUAAUCGAUGGUACCCACUCCACAUCGCCGCCAGGUUCGGACACCGCAAUUGCGUUAAGGAAAUCAUUAUCGGCGGCGGAAAUUUAGCAGAGAUGGUCAAGGACAACGAAGGAACCGACAGAACUGCCAUCGAAAUCCUACUGUGGUGUUUGCCGCAACCGGUGAAGCUCGUCAACCAACUUUUGGAUUCGGCCAUCACUGUGAACGGGUACCCACUGAAUCAUGCACGAUGCAUCGUCAAGCUCCAUUACGACAUUCUCUGCCCCGGUACCACCGGUGGUCGGCAGAUGCGGGUGCUGACGAGUAUCCUGAACGCGGGCGACAAGCCCCUGAAGGAGAGCGCCCUCCCGCACCCUCUCGUCGAGACGUUCCUGCACUUCAAGUGGAAGAAGCUGUGCGGGAUCUUCCUGUGCUUCGCCUUGGUCAACACCCUCUUCACCGUCUCGCUCACUGCCCGCUCCAUGCUCCUCCACCUCCAUCGCUCGCCCGAGGCCCAGAAGGGAUUCUUCGCCGCCGCCGUUGCCGAUGCCGUCUGCCAGUUCUUCCUCUUCCUCACCUUUCCUGCUAUCAUAGUCAAGGAGCUGUUACACGCGAGUCAGCAAGAGAAGUAUUACUGGUCUGACUUCGAGUCGUGGCUCAAGUGGAGUGUCUUGGCCUUGACGGCUCUCACCCUGGCCUCGUCCGACCUGGGCUGGGGUUACGAGGAGGCCCAAAAACACGCCAAUUCCUUUGCAGUCCUCUUGGCAUGGAUUCACCUACUCGUUCUGCUCUCUCGUCUCCCCAGCUGGGGCCUCCACGUCCUCAUGUUCUUCUCUGUUGCUCGCAAUUUCAUCAAAGUGUUCUGCGCCUUCUCGAUCCUGAUCCUGGGCUUCACGUUCGCGUUCCUGAUCCAGUUCGAGGGCUCGGCGCCGUUCACGGACUUCUGGGCGUCGCUGAUGAAGGUGGUGGUGAUGACCUCCGAGUUCGACUACGGCUCCAUGUUCGAGGAGGACUCGCGGGCGGACCCGGUCGUCGGGCGCCUCAUCUUCAUCCUCUUCAUCGUCCUCGUCGCCGUCGUGCUCAUGAACCUCCUCGUCGGUCUCGCCGUCUCCGACAUCACCGUCCUCGAGGCCCAGGGCAAGUCCGAGCGCCUCAGCAAGCAGGUCGACUUCCUCAGCCUCAUCGAAGGCUUCGUCUUCAACGAGGCCAUCCUCAAGUUCGUCCCCGAACGACUCCAGAAGUGGAUACAGAGGAAAAUCGCAGUGCCCAGCUUCUUGAAGGUUUAUCCGGGAAGGCCUCUCGACGAAUCUCUACCGCGGCCAUUGAAGGAGUCUGUUCUGGAGACGCUUCGCACGACAGGGAGCAAGAAUGCGAGUGUAAAUGACGCGUGCACAACGCGGUCCUACGAAUCAGAAAGUGAUUUGGGCGAGGGAAGUGACGAUGAGGAUGUGAAAAAUCUCAUCUCCGAGGUCAUGACCGAAUUGCGAGAUAUUAAAAAACAAAUUGAAAUUUUGAAGCGGUAGGUAGUGCUUGGUUCAGACUAUAACCAUUCAUUAUGUCCUGGUUUAUUUAGUUCCUUCAAUGUUCUGAGAAAACUAAACGGUCGAUUAUUUCGCUCAAUUCACCGGGUGGUGAUCAAAGAAACCUACACCCAAGUAGUAUAGAUUGCAACAAGUAGCAAUUACAUUAUAAAAAUAUUGCAAUGCCACUGAGUGUUGUGUAUGUUGCCUAGCUCCUAUUAGAAGAGGCCCCAAUUAUUGAAACUUAUUGCAAUCAAAUGGAAAUAAGUUGGAAUUUUUCAUUGCAUUGUAUAUUGUCGAUCUUACUGACGAAUGGAGCUCAUUUUUUUGAUUGUUGAAAAUCGGCAUAAAUCGACUAAAUGAUGUAAAAAUAUUGCAAAUUAAUGGUAAAAAAUUACAAUUUUAUUGAAAUCAAAUUGCAAUUUAAUUUCAAUAUUUUCAAUGCACUGCGCUACUUCAGCAAUAGGUAUUUGGUUUUUAUUUUCAUUUUUGAAGAAUCAUGAUAUUUUUAAAGUUCUGCAACACAGACAUUCUUCGGUUUUCCGUUACCGAGGCAGAGGCGUACUCGUGGGAAUGAAAUUGCUUAAACCUCGACAUUGAAGGCAUUUGUGCGAGUGUAGCAUCCUUCUAUCGUUCUGUGCAGAGUUUCGAAUCGAGCAAGUUGCCUGGUGCUUAGAGCCCGUUUCAGAUUAUUUUUCCGCUUUGUUGUAUGUAAUUCCCUAUCUCGCGCGUUUAGAAAAAGUAUUCUGAAACGGGCUACUUGUAUAACUAGGUAUCAACCUAACAUAUUUUUUGACACGACUAUCUCUUUUAAAUCAAAUCUUCCACCACUUUCAACUCAAGGGCAGAAAAUGAAUAUGAUGAAAAUAUGUACUAUCAUGUUCACUGAUUGUUCACAGGGCAAAGGUCACAUUAAAUUCAGAUGUAAAAUUUGUAAAUGGCUUCGGGAAAAAUGAAAUAUAACAAGCCUUGCCUAGGUACCUUAAAUGUCAAAUAUUCUAAAAAUAAUCUUAAAAGAGAACACGACACAGUUGAGUCACCGGUGCAGUGUUGUCUGUUGGAUCCACUUUCUGAAUCAUAGGGUCUUGAAUAGGAAUUUUUGGAGGAUCAUGUUUAUUAGGUGCCUUCUUUAAACAUUUCAUUAAGUGCUUCCUCAUGAUUGCAAACAUUUUAGGUGCCAUCACAUUACUUUUUGUCAAAAAUGUAACUUUUUUUUAGUAUUUUUGAAAAAAAUGUUUUUACCUCAUUGUUACUGCAAUAAAUGUAUUUAUAUACUUA